AUGGCUCCUCUCAUCCUGCACAAUGUCCCCGACGAUGAGUGCUAUGUAGGCGACGAUGGCAUCAAGCGACCAUAUGCCAUGUACUUUGGCCAAAACGACGCGCACACUGGUACAUCUCGAUCAAGGCGUAACGUCGCUGAGACGGGAUCAUUUGGCAAAUCCACCCGACGAUCUCGGUCGCGAACAGGCACGCCGGCUCGAAGUCGCGAGAAUCCCACCCUCGCAGCCGCCGAUAAGCUCUUUGGGGAUUGGGUGUCGAACCAGGCCGCCGCCCCUGUUUCCAAUAACCAGCGCAAGAGCAGUGGUUUGAUGCAGGACGAUGUUCCUCCUCAACGAGUCGUCAAGUCACACCCCGUCGAGCUUAUCCUUCGCGGCUACCGUUCGUCGACGCAGCAAUACGCCGCCAUUUCCCAUUACGAGGACCUCGCCGGUGCCAUUCUCGAAGACUACCCUCGCGACCCCCCAGCUUCGCAAAGACGAUACAAGUCUGAGCUACGAGACCCAGCCUUUACGCGCCGACGGAACCUAACCGCCGACGAACGGGCUCUUGUCAACCGCGCUGAUGGCGGCGAACACUGGGUCAAGGUGACGUUUGAAAGCACCGAGGCGGCCAACGCAGCCUUCUAUGCGAGCCCUCAGAGCAUUCUGGGCUACUUUGUCUACGCCGAACCAUACAGAGGUAUGCCUCCUGCCAAGGAUGAAGCGUGUCCCGAUGUCGACAGCAUCAUGGACAACGAGUUUGAGCGUGCUCAAAGCAUGCCAGCGGCCGUCGGCACGCCUCGCCGAAAGAGCACCAGCAACAACCUGCCUCCCAUGCUCCACAGCCGAUUGAUGGACAUGUCGCCAUCAGAAUCAAAAACGUCCAGCCAGACCCUCGACACGGCUACACUAACACCCUCACACACCUCCUCCGCCACCAUGCAAGACGCACCAGGUGUAAGCUCCGGCAUUGAACCCAUGGAGAUUCAGGGAGAAGAUAGCAUCUUCUGCCGCCGAAUCCCCACCGCUCGUCGCGCUCGACUUCUUCCCGCCGAGCAAGCACUCCUGCCCCAGCAAUCCGUCAUGCAACGCUUCGUCAACGCUGUCCCGUUUAUUAAGUGGUUUAGCGGCAGCAUGAUUGGCAACGAGGUACCGCGGACGGAAACAGGAGAAUUCGACUGGGGACGCGCCAGUUUGUACUGGAAGAUUAUUUGGUGGCUAGAUUCUACGUUUGGCCUGUUCAAGGGCGAUGUCUACAGCAUUGAUAAGGACGACUAG